AUGAUGUUGUUGUUGUUUUUUUCAUCAUCAUCAUCAUCAUCAUCAUCAUCAUCAUCAUCAUCAUCAUCAUCAUCAUCAUCAUCAUCAUCAUCAUCAUCAUCAUCAUCAUCAUCAUCAUCAUCAUCAUCAUCAUCAUCAUCAUCAUCAUCAUCAUCAUCAUCAUCAUCAUCAUCAUCAUCAUCAUCAUCAUCAUCAUCAUCAUCAUCAUCAUCAUCAUCAUCAUCAUCAUCAUCAUCAUCAUCAUCAUCAUCAUCAUCAUCAUCAUCAUCAUCAUCAUCAUCAUCAUCAUCAUCAUCAUCAUCAUCAUCAUCAUCAUCAUCAUCAUCAUCAUCAUCAUCAUCAUCAUCAUCAUCAUCAUCAUCAUCAUCAUCAUCAUCAUCAUCAUCAUCAUCAUCAUCAUCAUCAUCAUCAUCAUCAUCAUCAUCAUCAUCAUCAUCAUCAUCAUCAUCAUCAUCAUCAUCAUCAUCAUCAUCAUCAUCAUCAUCAUCAUCAUCAUCAUCAUCAUCAUCAUCAUCAUCAUCAUCAUCAUCAUCAUCAUCAUCAUCAUCAUCAUCAUCAUCAUCAUCAUCAUCAUCAUCAUCAUCAUCAUCAUCAUCAUCAUCAUCAUCAUCAUCAUCAUCAUCAUCAUCAUCUCCAUCAUCAUUACAAUCAUUGUUGUUGUUGUUGUUUUGGUUGAAAUGUUCUAUUUGGUCAUGA